AUGGGGGGAUCAAAGGCAGUUGGACCUAAUAAGAUUCCGAUUAAGAAGAAUCAAGGGUUAGCACACUUAUCCCAUUGUUUAAAAACAAGGAUGAUGUACAAGUAUGCGAGAACUAUAGAGCAUAGUAUGAAACUGUGGGAAAGAGCAAUCGAGAAAAGAACUAGACGAAAGACGGUAAUUAGAGAGAACCAAUUCGGAUUCAUGCCACGAAGGUCAACCACCAAGGCAAUCCAUCUUUUGAGGAGACUGAUGGAAAAGUAUAGGGAGCAAAAGAAGGAUUUGCAUUUGGUGGCGACUAACAUACAUACACUGGUGGGUAUGACAGAGUCUUUCCCCAUAAAAGUGGGACUAAAUCAGGGAUCAACAUUAAGUCCUUUCAUUUUUACGGUCAUUAUGGAGAUAAUCUCUAAAUCCAUCUGGAAAACAGUACCAUGGUGCAUGCUUUUCGCCGACAAUAUAGUUUCAGUCGCAGAAACCAAGGAGGAAGCUAAUAGUAAAUUGGAAGAGUGGAGGGAAGCCUUGAAGGGUAAGGGGUUGCGCAUAAGUCGUACGAAGACAAAAUACUUGCGAAGCAAUUUCAGUGGGAUAGAAUCGAUAAGGGAGCCAGAGGUGACCAUAGGGGGAGAAGUUGUUGCUUGUACGUCCAAGUUCAAAUAUUUGGAAUCGGAUUCAGAGUAA